AUGUGGAGCAACCUUUUGCCUCAGGCGACCUUCGUUCACAAACAGGUUUUCGUCGUUCUUCGUCUUCGCCUUCACCAUCUCUUCUCAAUGCUGGCGUUGACGCUGGAGGCGAAUUACCUAGACGCCAGCAUCGCCGAAUUUUGGGCGGGGCUGCCGCUGUCCAGAUUCAGGACGACGGCCUUGCACGACAGCGGCAUUGUGAGAUUGACGACGCAUCGGUGA